AUGGAGGGAACACAGGUAGGGACCCCCCACACAGCCUCGGAGGAGGCAAUGGAAUUAGCAGUCUCUGCGGAGGCAUCAGUCCUGGAAGCCACAACGGCUGACGCUUCCUCUGGGGAGGCUGAGGCGGCGUCUUCGCCGCCAGAGGCCUCCCCGGAGGGAGCGGAGGAGGAGCGCCUGCAGGAGGAACUGGCGAGGGAGAUAGUGGGCAUUGUGGCGUCGGCAUGCGACGUCGCGAUGCCCCGGUCCCACCCCCGAAAGCGCCGGGCGGCAUACUGGUGGACGCAGGAGAUUGCGGAGAUCCGCAAUUCCUGCGUUCGAGCUAGAAGGCUGUAUACCAGUGCCCGGCGCAAUGAGGAGGGGGAUGUCGCGGGGACAAAAUGGGACUACCUUAAUAAAAGGGAAGCCUUGAAGGCCGCCAUCAAGGAAGCCAAGGAGAAGGCCUGGGAGCGACUGGUGGACUCCCUAGACGAAGACCCGUGGGGGCGCCCAUACAAACGGACGGUCGGAAAGAUACGUCCAUGGGCGCCCACUCCGACGGAGUCGAUGGAGCCGCAGGACCUCGAGGGGUGCCUCGACACCCUCUUCCCGAGGGUGGAGGGGGACCCUCCGCGGCUCCCCGUCCCGGAAUUACGGGACGGGGACUGGAAUGAGGACCUGGGGGUUUCACUAGAGGAGUUCGCCAGGGCCAGGAAGAGGCUCGGGGCCAAGGGCAAAGCCCCAGGCCCCGACGGUAUUCCUGGCCGCGCCUGGGCCCUUGCCCUUGGCGAGAGGAACCUGUCCGCAGCCACGCGGAACGUUCUGGAUAAGUGCCUCAAGGAGAGACACGUCCGGGACCUGGCCCGUACCGCUGUGGAGGAGAGGGGCAAGGUGUUGCUCGCGGUGUCUCUCAACAUCACUGCCUUCGCGUUCAACACCCUGCCUUGGCCGGAGAUUGGACGGGUCCUCGAAUACCACGAGGUGCCCGUCUAUCUCCAACGCAUCCUGUCGGCCUAUUUCAGGGACAAGGACCUUGCCUACUCCGGGAGAGGUGGGAUCCAAGGCUGGCGCCGAAUGGAACGCGGUGUUCUGCAGGGUUCCGUACUGGGCCCCCUGCUAUGGAACAUCGCGUUCGACCGGGUGUUGCGCUUUCCCCUUCCCCUCGGCGCCCACGCAGUCUGCUACGCAGACGAUACGUUGGUGCUCGCCGAGGGGGAGAAUUGGGGGGAGGCUCGCCUCCGAGCAGAGACGGCACUUAGUUCGGUGGUGGGCACCAUCAGAGACCUCGGGCUCAAAGUGGCCACCCAAAAGACCCAGGCGAUGCUGUUCCAUCGCCGUCGGGGUGAGGGGAGGCCACGAAAGGCCCGAGUCCUGGUGGAUGGUGUCUGUGUCCGCGUCGGGCCCACGAUCAAGCUCCUGGCCUCGCGGGUUCGCAAGUUGAGCACGGCUCUGGCCGGCUUGAUGCGAACCCAGGGGGGCCCGGGAUGGCGGGCUCGCCGCCUCUACGUCGGUGUCGUGCACUCGGUCGCCCUCUAUGGGGCGCCCAUCUGGGCGCCACGACUACUGGCCACCGGCCGCAACAAGAACCUGAUUCGUCAGGCGAUGCGGCCGGUGGUUAUGAGGGCGAUCCAGGGGUACGUCACCGUUUCGUAUCUGGCGGCGACCACUCUGGCCGGCUUCCCCCCAGUGGAGCUCCUCGCCGAAGAGAGAUUUCUCUUAUGUUGGCGAACAAAGGAGCUACGCGGGAGGGAGGAGGGACUAUCAGUCAUGGACCUGAGGGCCCUAAAGGCCCAGGCCUGUGCCCGGACCCUCGACAAGUGGUCCGCCGAAUUGGCGGACCCACGAGGGAUCAGGAAGGAACCCACCACCGAGUGCCACCACUGCCCGGAGCGAGUGGACUCGGCGCAACACACGUUGGUCUCGUGCCCCGCAUGGGACCAGCGGCGCCGAGUCCUGGCCCGGGCGGUGGGGUGUAGGGUGGUGGCCCUCUCGCUCCCGCGCAUGGUUCGCGCUAUGUGCGAGAUCGAAGAGGUGUGGGGGGAGGCGGCCUCCUUCUGCAAGGACAUCAUGUCCCAGAAGGAAGCCGGCGAGUGGGAGCGCCGCCCCUCCGACCGUCCCAGGAGACGGCGAAGGGGACGGGGCUCCCCAGGUUUACGGAGCGGGCCAGAGGUGGCGCCGGCCGAGGCGGAGCAAUGA